CUACUUCUCAGACUUGUCUCCGCCACUCUCCAACCCUCGCUGUCUUCCAUCUUCUUUCAGCUUCAGAAGGUUGGGGUCUCUCUCUCUCUCUCUCUCUCUCUCUCUCUCUCUCUUCUCAUACUUUUCUCUUUCUCUCUAACCCUCGCCGUCCUUCUUCUUUCAGCUUCAGAAGCUUCAGAAGGUUAGGGUUUCUCUCUCAGACUUGUCUCUGCCUCUCUAACCCUCGCCGUCCUCCUUCUUUCAUCUUCAAAAGAUGGAGCAGGAAGAGGAUGACUUUGAUGAUGAGCAUGACGGUGAGGAGGAGGAAGAAGAAUCAGAAAAUGAGGAAGAAGAUGGACGAGAAGAUGGGGAAGAGGAAAAUGGUGAGGAGAAAAACGACAAUAAAGAUGCCGAGAUGGAAGAACUCGAGAAAGAAUACAUGAAUCUUCGUCAUCAGGAGCAAGAUAUUUUAAAGAAUCUAAAGCGUCAUAAGGACGAAGAUCUUCUUAAAGGUCAAGCAGUGAAGAACCAAAAGGCUCUCUGGGACAAAGCUCUUGAGUUCAGAUUCUUGCUUCAGAAAGCAUUCUCAAAUUCAAAUAGAUUACCACAGGAGCCAGUUAGGUCUUUAUUUUGUGAUUCACAUCAGGGUGUCAGUACAGCAUAUUCUGAUCUAGUUGACUCAUCAAAGCAAACUUUGGAUUCACUAGCGGAACUACAAGAGGCUUUACUUGAGAAGAACCCGUCCAUCGUUCAAGCAACGGAUAGUAAAUCUGGACAAUCUAAGAAGUCAGAGUCAUCUAAGAACAUUGACGGUGAUGGUGAUGAGGAUUGGUCACGGAUUUCUCAGUUGCUGUCGAGAAUAGCUACUUUCAGAGACAAAUCCAUCAACAAAUGGCAGAGGAAGACAGAGGUGACCACAGGUGCUGCUGCUAUUAAAAGCAAACUGCAUGCUUUUAAUCAGAAUAUUAGUGAACAAGUUGCUUCUUAUAUGAGAGAUCCAAGCAGAAUGGUUAGGCAGAUGCAGAUGAGGAAAUCAGCAGUUUCUGUAUUUGGCGCUGUUCCUGAGGAGAAACAUACUGCAAAGGGGGAGGAGACACAAUCUGAAGCUGGUGCCCAAGCUGACGGUGACCCUGAACUUUUGGAUGACUCUGAGUUUUACCAGCAGUUACUGAAAGAAUUUUUUGAGACAAUUGACCCAGCAUCUUCUGAGACAGCCUUUUAUUCUUUGAAAAAGUUGCAUACAAAGAAGAGGAAGAUUGUUGACAGAAGAGCCUCUAAGAGUCGCAAGAUAAGGUACAAUGUUCACGAGAAGAUAGUAAAUUUCAUGGCCCCGGAGACCAUGGCCGUUCCUCCGAUGCUUCCUGACCUCAAUAAUUUGUUUGGGUUGAAGAAGCAAAAACCAGCUUCCGUAGUGUAGGAAAUGGCUAAUAUCUGUUGUACUGAUAUUUAUGUAAUUUACACAGUUUUGUUGCAAAUGACAAUUAAGAUGUGUAACUUUUGACAAAGUGCAUGAGGUUGUAAGCACUCAGUGGCAGGAAAGAAAAAUUUCGUAACGGUAAAGCCAUAAUGUACACAAUAUUUGAUGAUGCUGAAGACAUUUGAACUUGAUAUCUAAUAGCAAGGGGCUUUUAUAUCUCAA